AACUCCAGAAGAAAAUUUCAAUGGCGUCGAAGAUAUCUCUGAAAACCAAGGGUAAGACUCCGGCGAAGGGCUCCAAAGGCUCGGAUGAGCGCUCGGUGGCUCAGUCCGUGAAGGAGUGGAGCACGUGGACCAUGAAGAAGGCCAAGGUCGUCACCCACUACGGCUUCAUUCCUCUGGUCAUCAUCAUCGGCAUGAACUCGGAUCCCAAGCCGCAACUUUCCCAGCUGCCCAAGCCACAAAACUUCAAUUUCUUUGCCCAAAUCUCUUAUCAAAUUUUUGGGUUCAAUACUUUCAUCUCUUUCAAGAUCAUAAUCUCAACUGGGUAUGCCGUCAAUUUUGAACUUGGAGCAGGAACUUGUUCCUUCAACUUGAGGCCUUCGAGGAACCUCAAGUCUGUCGGUGGUGAGAUCAGACUGCGAUGA